UUGCAGCUGUAAUCUUCUCCAAACAUCAAUGGCUUCUUUUAAUCUCUCUUAUUCUCCAACGUCUGCUCUCUCAUGCCCACGGGCAUGUAAGCAGUCCAAAUUGUUUAAUAGAUUGCACAGUGUGAAUUCAUAUUUUGUAAAUGGACACAGAUCCGAUUUACCUUUUGCAAAUCUGAAUUCUAAAUUUUCUCCAAGUGACAAUGGUGUUAGUAUACCUAAAGCAACAUUGAUCUCUGGAGGAGGUGAUCUUCUUUCUUAUUCAAAUGGCCAUGAAUCAGUUGGACUUGAGGUACAACCUGAUGAAAUAGCAUUUGGAGCACUGGUAGCAGACAAAGUGGUAACAACCAAUGGCUUUUCCGUUGACAAUAAUGAAUUUGAUUUGGAUAGGCCAACAAAAGGAUUUGCUUCCAUUCCUGAGGCAAUAGAAGACAUUCGCGAGGGAAAGAUGGUAUUGGUUGUAGAUGAUGAGGACAGAGAAAAUGAAGGGGACUUGAUUAUGGCUGCACAAUUGGCAACACCUGAGGCUAUGGCUUUUAUUGUGAAGCAUGGAACUGGGAUAGUUUGUGUAAGCAUGAAAGAGGAAGAUCUGGAUAGGUUACAACUACCUUUGAUGGUGAACAAUAAGCAUAAUGAAGAGAAAAUGUGCACGGCAUUCACUGUGACGGUGGAUGCUAAGCAUGGUACCACCACUGGGGUUUCAGCUCAUGAUAGAGCAACAACAGUUUUGGCUCUUGCAUCGAGAGAUUCAAAACCAGGUGAUUUUAAUCGUCCAGGCCAUAUUUUCCCUCUACAAUACAGGGAAGGAGGGGUCUUGAAAAGAGCUGGACACACAGAAGCUUCUGUUGAUCUAGCGGUACUUGCUGGUUUGGAUCCUGUUGGGGUUCUUUGUGAAGUUGUAGAUGAAGAUGGGUCCAUGGCUAGAUUGCCAAAGCUUCGGCAGUUUGCUGAGCGCGAGAAUUUGAAAAUUGUUUCCAUUGCUGACUUAAUAAGGUAUAGAAGGAAGAGAGAUAAAUUGGUGGAACUUGUGUCUGUUGCACGAAUUCCUACGAUGUGGGGUCCAUUUGCAGCAUACUGUUACAGAUCGCUUUUAGAUGGGAUUGAGCAUAUCGCAAUGGUUAAGGGUGAUAUUGGAGACGGACAAGAUGUUCUUGUGAGGGUACAUUCAGAAUGUCUCACGGGAGACAUAUUUGCAUCUGCCAGAUGUGACUGUGGAAAUCAGCUUGCACAUGCCAUGAAACAUAUUGAGGCCGCUGGGAGGGGUGUCCUUGUAUAUCUACGAGGGCAUGAAGGAAGAGGCAUUGGAUUAGGCCAUAAGCUUCGCGCUUAUAGCCUACAGGAUGAUGGACGCGAUACUGUUGAAGCCAAUGAGGAGUUAGGUUUGCCUGUUGACUCAAGGGAGUAUGGCAUUGGAGCACAGAUACUGAGGGACUUGGGUGUUAAAUCCAUGAAGCUGAUGACAAACAAUCCAGCAAAAUAUAGUGGAUUAAAGGGUUACGGUUUGGAAGUUUCUGGUAGGAUCCCAUUAUUAACUCUGAUCACAAAGGAUAAUAAGAGAUACUUGGAGACCAAACGUGUGAAAAUGGGACAUGUUUAUGGCUUAGAAUUUACCAGCCGAUUGAACAGUCAAGAAGGUAGCAUUGGUGAUGAGGUUAAAGUUGGUGAAUCUAAAGUUGUUUCUGGCUCAUCAUAAACCUGUGUUCCCUACCAUAUAAUAUAUAUAGCGUCGGAUACAAAGCACAAGAGGAAGAAGGAAUAUAAGAUGUCUGGAGUUGUUUGAUAAUAAGUCUAUGUAAUGAGAAAGAACAUUGUGCUUAUGAUUUAACAAA